GUUCCGUAGAAGAAGAUCGGAGAGCUGAGAAUCUGUUUUAAUCGACUCGGUUCAUUAUUUACUUGAACGUGUUCAACGUUUUCGUUAAAUCGAAACCGGAAGCUUCCGCUGGUCGAAGGCGGGAAACCGGAGAUGUACCGCGGGCGCCCCCCCCCCCCGAGAGGAGGCUAUCGGCCGCAGCUGGAGGGCCGAGGUCCGCCGCCUCAGAAGUCCCACCCCGACCCGGGUUACCGAGACGACCGGACCCGGGCCCGGCCGCCAUUGCACCCCGACUCCUACCGCCGCUCCCCGCCUCGCAGGAGGUACCCGUCCCCCGGGCCCGGGAGCCACCGAGGCGGGGACUAUUGGGCAGGGGGUCCUCAUGGUGGUCCUCCGAGAGAGCAGAGGUCUCCGUCCCCCCGAGGAUCCGGUCCCAUCGACCACAACCUGGUCAUCACUGUUGGAAACGAGCUCACCGGACCAUCUGGCUCCGCCCCCUCACGCCAUCAUGACAGAGACUACCCCCCUCGACCCGAGUACGAGCGGAGCCGGGGCCGGAGCCGGCCUCGCAGCCGGAGUUCCGACCGGGGCCGGGCCAAGAGCCAGGUAAGGAGCAAGAGCCGGCCUCGCAGCCAGAGCCGCAGUCUGGACCGGAGCCGGGGCCGGAGCCGGCCUCGCAGCCGGAGUUCCGACCGGGGCCGGGCCAAGAGCCAGGUAAGGAGCAAGAGCCGGCCUCGCAGCCAGAGCCGCAGUCUGGACCGGGGCCGGGGCCAGAGCCGCAGUCCGGACCGGAGCCAGAGCCGCAGUCCGGACCGUCGUCGGGGGAAGAGCCGGGGUCGGAGCCGAAGCCGGGGCCGGAGCCGGGGAAAGAGCCGCAGUCCGAGCCGGAGCCGGGCCAAGAGCCGGGGCCGGAGCAAGAGCCGCCCCCGCAGCAGGUCCGGGUCCAGGGGGCGGAGCCACGUCCGCAGCGCGAGCAGCAGCAGCUCGAGUGGCCGAGAUGACGGCGCCGAGAAAACCCGGAGAGAGUUCCGGGAGCUGGACACGGCCCGGCGCCGCAAGGAGCUGGAGGAGAUGCUGAGUCUGCCCACCAAGUCCAUCCUGAAGAAACGCACCGACUCCGAGGACUCGCCUUCACUCCGGGUAAGACAUACCGCCACCGCCACCGCCACCACCACCACAACAACAUGUCUCUGGUUCCAGGCCACCGACUCCCCUCGAGGGCCAGAGGGCGCCAACAUUUCCCGGGUGGCCGACCAGCUGCUGCAGGCCGUGAAGGGCAUGGAGCCCCACAUGGUGGCCUCCAUGCUGGCGGAGCUGCGGUCCGACCCCCAGAUGGCUCACCGCGUCGGCCUCGAUGCCGAGAUCACCGAGAUCCUGCAGCUCCUGGGGGGGCCGGCGGGGCCCGAGGCUCACGGGCCGGCGGACGACAUCGACGACGAGGAGAAGUUCCUGUACGGGGAUUCGGAGGAGCCCAAACCUCCGCCGGCGUCCGAGCCCGUCCGGCACCAAGGGCUGGACCUGUACGGAGACGUGACGGAGGAGGCCCUGUACGGAGACUGCCCCCCACAGAAGACCGCCGGGGCCUCGGCUCGCCUUCAGGCCACUCCCACCGCAGGCGACCUGGAGGAGCAGCGUGCGAGCCGGUCCUCCAUCAGCCCCGACCAGAACAUCACGGUCCAGACGAACACCGCCAUACCGCCGGGGAUGGAGCCGCUGGAGGAGGGCGAGCGCCAGGCGCUGGAGGAGUACGAGAAGAUCCAGGACCUGCUGAAGACCAUCGGCCUGGACCUGGGCGUGACCGAGAUCAGCAAGAUGGCGGCCAGGACCAAAGAGCGCCUCCACGGUAACAAGCCGCCUCCGAAGACGCCCACGCGCCGCAGGGGGUACUCCUCCGGCAGCUCGAACGGCAGCCGGGGCCGCAGGAGGCGAAGCCGCAGCAGCUCCAGCAGCAGCAGCAGCCGCAGCCGCAGCCGCAGCCGGGGGGGCAGCUGGAGCAGCGAGGGCGGCGGCCGGAGGAGCUCGGCACCUCAAGCUCACAAAGACGUCAAAGAGCCUGCCGCCGGGCAGAUCGGCGCCGCGCCGCCUCCGACCCCCGACCCCAAACUCCUCCUUGCUCACCCCGGGGUGCCCAUCCCCCCCUACCCCCCCUCACAGGUCCACGGCAUGAUGCCCCCCAACUUCCCCCCGCCGGGAUACAGCCAGUACGGAAACUACCUUCCCUACAUGCACCAGCAGUGGCCGCCCAUGUACCCGCCCCCCAACAUGGCGCCGCCCCCCCAAACCGGCACAGGCGAGUUACCCCCCACUCUGCCCUACAAGCACCCCUACGGCAAAGCCCCGGAGCCGGGGGCCAAAGGUUCCACUGAGACUUCUGGUCCGGACGGGCAGCAGCCGGGCCGAGUGUCUGAGGAGCAGAACACCGAGAGCCAGAAGCAAAAGGUUCUGGAGGAGCGAGAGAAGCUGAAGCAGGAGCGAGACGUCCGCAUGAAGAAGAAGGAGUACCUGAUGAAGGAGCUGGAGAGGCUCCGCAAGCAGCAGGGGGAGCUCCUGAGGAAGAAGCGGCGGGAGAAGGGCGGCCACAGAGACCCGCUGCUGCAGGACAUCAGCCGCCUGCAGGAGGAGGUCAUGGCUCAGAUCUCCAGCCUGCGCAAAGAGCACGAGGCCGCCGAGAAGAAACGCAACGAGAUCGAGAAGAUAGCGCUCAUCCUCGGCCUGAUCCCGUCCGACCGGCCCCGCAGGGCCGCCCGGCCGCCGGAGGACCAGGAGGACGAGCCGGAGAAGAAGACGCGUGAAGCCCAGAGGAGCCCCGAGGGCCGGCCGGCCGCCAUGAAGGCGGCGGCGGCGUUGAGAGCGUCUCCAGACGAGCCGCCCACCGACGCCCCGACUCCGCCCCCGGAGCCGUUUGAGUACUAUGACGCUGGAAACCACUGGUGCAGGAACUGUAACGUCACCUCUGGCUCCAUGUUUGAUUAUUUCACUCACCUGCACAGCAAGACGCACCGAAAGACUCUGGACCCCUACGACCGGCCCUGGGCCUCCACUCCCACCAAAAUCAUCAAGAACCUUCUUUCGGAAGAGAAGCUGACCAAACCCGCCAAAGGUUCUGAGUUCCUGCUGCCGGUCCGAGGGUUCUUCUGCCUGCUGUGCAAACAGUUUUAUGGAGACGCCAUCUGUGCAGAGGAGCACGUCACCACGCACGCUCACAACGAGAAGUACAAGAAACAGAUGUACGAGAACCCUUUGUAUGAACAGAGGAGGAACCUGGACCGGCAGGCCGGACUGGCCUCCGAGGCCAGCGGGAAGAAACGCAAACACGAGGACGAAGACAAGAGCAACAAGGACGAAAAGGCCAAACACAAAAAGGAGAAAAGGGACAAGGACAAAAAGAAGGAGUCCGACGCGGUUCAGAAGGAGGAGAAAAUUAAAAAGGAGGAAGAGGAGGCGAAGCAGAGCAAGAAAGAGGAAGAAUUUAAGAAUGCCAAAAGCCUGGAAGAGGAAAGACCUUCGUACAGCAAGAAGGAUGAGGAAGACAAGUUUAAGAGCAGCAAGAAGGAUAAUAAAUACCGCUGCAGCAGGGAGGAAGAGGAGAGGGGUAAACACGGCAGAAAGGACGACGACGACAGACACAAAUACAGAGAAGAGGAAUCUCGGUACCGGUACCGCAGGGAUGAAGAGGAUCGGUAUGACAGCCGUCCCAAAUACGGUUCGCGAGAUGACAAAUACAGUCUGUAUUCAGAUUCCAGAUCCAAACAUGACGAAGGGAAAGUUAAGGCUGAGAAAGAAGCUGUCAAAAAGCUUGAGCUGGGGAAACCAGAUAUCAACAAGCCCGAACCUCCGCAGAAGCCCUACGACCCGCCCAAGAUCCUCUGCGGACCCAGUCCAGCCAUGAGGGCAAAACUUCGCAAGCAGUGUCUGGAAACCGGCAAACCGCCGCCUCCGGCUGUGACCGCGACUCCUUCGUUUGGGAAGUUCACGUGGAAGAAGAAGGAGAGUAUUCUGGCAAAGGAGGCAGAGAAAGUUGCCGCUGAGUUCAUCAAAGAAGAUGAAGCAGCUACGAAGCAGAACCCGGUCUCUUCUGAGGACUCUUUUGCUAAAUCUAUGGCCGUUGCCAAGGAGAUCGCCCACAAACUGGGGGGCCAAACCACCACGCCUCCUUGGGUGUUCAACCGUAUCAGGAUCCGGCCGAACCUCCCUGCACCUGCUUCAGUUCUGAGGAAAACCGCCAUGAUGGGUAAACCCGCCCCUCUGAAUACCUUUCUCUCCAUUAGACCUCAAAACACUGGACCUGCUCCCAAAGAAGAACCCUUAUUCUGCGACGGUCUCACAAGGGCUCUUAAUGCCCAGAAUGCACUGCUGGAAAAUAAACCACAGCCAUUAAUUGGUGCACCUGGGACAUCCGACGAGGCAAUGCCUCCACCUCCGGUGUCAAGACCUGCACCCCUGGGGGCUAAACUUGAACCAUUGGAGGCUAACCCUGCGCCACCAGUUCUUAAACCCGCGCCACCAGUUCUUAAACCAGCACCACCAGGUUGUAACCCUGCACCACCAGGUUGUAACCCCACGCCACCAGUUCUUAAACCUGCGCCACCAGGUUUUAACCCCGCACCACCAGGUUGUAACCCUGCACCACCAGGUUGUAACCCCACGCCACCAGUUCUUAAACCUGCGCCACCAGGUUUUAACCCCGCGCCACCAGGUUGUAACCCCGCGCCACCAGUUCUUAAACCUGCGCCACCAGGUUUUAACCCCGCGCCACCAGGUUGUAACCCCGCGCCACAAGUUCUUAAAUCUGCGCCACCAGGUUGUAACCCCGCACCACCAGGUUGUAACCCCACGCCACCAGUUCUUAAACCUGCGCCACCAGGUUGUAACCCCGCACCACCAGGUUGUAACCCCGCGCCACCAGUUCUUAAAUCUGCGCCACCAGGUUGUAACCCCGCACCACCAGGUUGUAACCCCGCGCCACCAGUUCUUAAAUCUUCGCCACCAGGUUGUAACCCUGCGCCACCAGGUUGUAACCCCGCGCCACCAGGUUGUAACCCCGCACCACCAGGUUGUAACCCCGCGCCACCAGUUCUUAAAUCUGCGCCACCAGGUUGUAACCCCACGCCACCAGGUUGUAACCCCGCACCACCAGGUUGUAACCCCACACCACCAGUUCUUAAAUCUGCGCCACCAGGUUGUAACCCCGCACCACCAGGUUGUAACCCCACGCCACCAGGUUGGAACCCCGCGCCACCAGGUUGGAACCCCGCACCACCAGGUUGGAACCCCGUACCACCAGGUUGUAACCCCGCACCAAUCGAGGCAAAGCCUGCACCAUCUGUGGCUAAACUGGCCCAGCCAACAAUGAUAAAGAUUGUGUCCGACGUGGCAGCUCCUGGCGUCCCGGAGGACGAGCAGACUUGUACGUUUUUUGUCAAGCCGCCACCUUUCAUGAACAUUGGCGACGGACCUCAUAAGUCUGAUAAACUUAAGAGUAACCUGGCUGCAGCUAAAGCCCAGGACUUAUUCAACAUCUUUUACAACCGGGUUGGCCAAUCAGGCGCCUCCUCCAUAACCAAACCAGCAACGGACACCAGCGCUGGCGGGAGCAGCACCAAUAAAAGUUGUCUUCCGACCAUGCAAGCACCAAAACCACAACCUCUGCUUCUAACUCUGUCCCAACCUCCAUCUGAAGUCUGCACAUCUCUACAACCAGAAUCACAAAGUCCCCAAAGCCAGCCAGAGCCAGUCAUUCAGAUUGAAUCUGUUUGGUCCUUGCAGCCUUCCCCAACUCCACCACCUGAGGAGGUUCCAUCUGAAACCCAGCCAAGACUGAAUCCACCAGACCAGUCUGAGGCUCAGAGUGUACCCCAAAACCAGUCCUGGACUCCUAAAUAUCAGUCCCAAACCAAGCCUGCGGAGUGGCAACCAACAUCUCAAACUCUGUCCACGCCCAAUCCAUCCCCUCAAAUCCACACAGACCCCCAACCAGACCAGGACAUCCAGUCCCUGCUACAUAUAGAGACCCAUCCUGACACGGCUCUUGAACCUGCUCCUAAGCCAGGCCCCAAAACUAGAGUUAAGGCGACUCCGACAAAGAGAACCUCUGCUGCCCCCCGGGCUGUCAGGCAAACCAGAUCUCAAACCAGAUACCAGACCCGCCAGCAGCAGAGCCAGUCCGAGCCUGAGCUAUCUUCAGGAGAUUUUGACUCUGCACUUUCGGACUCCAAGGGGCUGGACUUGUCCGAUCCCGACUCUGGAUUGCUGGUGGAGGAGGCGACGCCCAGCGAGCACGACCCACCGAUGAUGGAGAUCACCCCUGAGGCCCUGGGCCUCCCCACAGACAUGACAACUCUGGACUUUGAUUAUGAUUUUAACUUUGAGUAGCAGCUGACCUCAAAACCAGGAAUUCUCUGAUCAAUACUCGACUGGACUUGAAAGCAGCUGGCGUGAAAGACGCGGACAGACUUGAGACUUUGAAGACUGACCGUUAUCCGUUUGAAGCACUAGUUUGACGUUUAGGAAACAUUGUUGUCUGUCUUCUCUGGGGUCCAGGGCGUCUCUACAGUCCAGGGCCUCCAGACCGGCAAUCUUUUGUUGAAAACAAGAAGCCCAUGAAUACUUACGAAAGAGUUUUACGGUCCUUAAUGUGGUUCAGACUGAGAAUGUUUCAGGGCUGGAAGACGAUUAAUGGGACAAGAAAGCUGAAAAAUGAGCAGUUAGAUUUAUUUUCCAGAUGUUCCUCUAAUCUUUCAUUUACAUUACUAUUUUCUCUUCAGGCGUCUAAAGUUCACCUUUUUAGUUUGAGCCACAUCAAACACCUGUUGUACACCGAUGUUUGUGGAUUUGACCUCGCCGAUAUCUGAUGCCUCCUCCUGAGAGUAAAGUUCUCUUGUUUUCUACUUGUUCAUUGCUCCUCUUUUAAAACCAGUCGGACCAAAAGCAGCUCAGUUGUUGAUUGCGGAUCCAGGAUCUGAUUCCUAGAGAAGUGCAGCCGGUCUGUGUUUGACGCACUGAUCUGAAGUCAGUGCUGACGUGAGGAACCAAACUCGUCUCUGUGACUCCGUUGCUUCAAGUAGUUUUAAUAAAAGUUAGUGCAGAAACAAC